CCGUCCUCAGCUACGGACAUCAUGCAGCCCAAGGUCGCGCUGCCACACUCGACAUACAUACGGGGCUCCAUCCCGGUUACGUCCCAUCCACACUUACCGCUCGGGGGAAUGAUGGUGGUAUGAAGAGCAAGGACAAGGACUGGAAGCGUGCGGACGUACAUAUAUAAUGACCAGAGCAGUGCACGCCCUGCCGUAACGGCUUCCCGUCCCACUCACACGUCCCUUUGCCUCAAUCUACCAACAACAGCUAGCUAAGCACAAUGGCGGGCGGACCUAAAAAGCCGGUCAACGUCUUCAAGCUGAAGAACCUCGGCCUCCCCUCCGAGGCGCCGCCCGGGGCGUGGAACAGCAAGGACUUCCAAAAGACCAUCAACUACGAUUCGUACAGCCUCAACGACCGCGCCCAGAUCAAAGGAAAUGUCUCGGCUAUGGUUCAGAUUGGCUCCGUGGCUGGUGCUUUGUUCGCGUUCGUCAUUUGCGAUAGAAUUGGUCGCAUAUGGGCUGUGAGACAACUAUGUCUUGUUUGGAUCCUGGGCAUCGCCCUCUUUCUCGGCGCGAACGGCAAUCUGGGCAUGAUGUAUGCUGGCCGAUUUAUUGCCGGCAUGGGGGUUGGACAAACCCCAGUGGUAGGCCCCGUUUUCCUGGCCGAGAUAUCUCCUGCGCCCAUCCGGGGACUGUGCACAUGCAUCUUUACAGGCUUUGUCUAUCUGGGCAUAGUGCUCGCCUACUUUGCAAACUACGGCUGCCAGGUCAACUUGGGCGACAGCACUCACGCCCGCUGGAUGGUGCCGACAAGUCUUCACAUCAUGUUCGCCUCCCUCAUCUUCGCGCUCAGCUUCCUGCAGUACGAGUCGCCGAGGUUCUUGGUGAAGCAGGGGAAGUACGACGAAGCAUUGGCGGUCAUGUCCCGUCUCCGUGGCCUCCCCGAAGACCAUCCCUUCGUUCGAGAAGAGGUCACAGGAAUCGAAAUGGCGCAUCACGAGGAGAUGGAGGCGACCAAAGGCACCGGCUUUUUGGGGAUGCUUAAGGAGAUGUUCACCAUCCCGAGCAACCUGUAUAGGGUCGGGCUCGCCGUCAGCGCCCAGCUGCUCAGCCAGUGGUCCGGGGCCGGCUCGGUCACGAUUUACGCCCAGGACCUGUUUUCGAUCCUAGGCGUCACUGGGGACAACGAGAGCCUGCUGAUCACCGCCGUUUUCGGCAUCGUAAAGCUGACGGCGGCGAUCAUCUGCGCCCUGUUCCUCGUCGACGUCAUCGGCCGGAAGCGCUCGCUCCUGAUUGGCAUCAGCCUUCAGGCGCUGUCGAUGCUAUACGUCGCCGGCUUUUUGACUGCCGUUCCCCAGCUAGGCAUAAUCCCCAAAUACAAGCUCAGCGAGGCCCAGAUCGGGCCGUCGCGCGGGGCCAUUGCCAUGAUCUAUGUUUCGGGCUUCGGUUGGGCCCUUGGAUGGAACUCGAUGCAGUACCUGCUCACUGCCGAGCUCUUCCCCCUUCGUAUCAGGGCUCUCGCGACGUCACUGGCAAUGACCGUUCACUUCCUGAACCAGUAUGGCAAUGCGCGGGCUGUGCCGGUGAUGCUGCUCGACACCACGGCCGGCGGAAUCAGCCCCAAGGGUACAUUCUGGUGCUUCGCCGCCGUUACCAUCCUCGGUGGCGCCUGGGUGUGGUUUUUCGUCCCCGAGACGGCUGGCCGCAGCCUCGAGAGCAUGGACAGACUGUUCAGUCUGCCGUGGUACAAGAUCGGACGGUACGGAAAUGAGGAUGCGGAACAGCUCGAUGAGGCACACGAGACCAAGAUACAACAGGCGGGAGCCGGUGAGGCCGCCCACGUAGAAAAGAAGUCGGUCGAGGUGGCUUGA